AGGGGAAGGAAGGUCGGCAGGCUGAGGCAGCGUUAGCCGCAUGCACGGAGGGCGCGAAGAGACUUGACUCACUCCCGUUGAAGCUGUCCUGCUUCGUGAACGCCCGAACUCACUGAGAAGCCGCAACAAGGUCGUGAGCAGGGAUUGGAACAAGAACCAUCCCCCCAGCGGCCCUCCUUAUCUUCGUAUCGUCUUCCCUUCACCUUUUCGCUCACUCCCCCUCCCUCCCUUCUCUUCAACGUCUCUCCACUCUUCUCGGUCUCCUUCGCCUCCCCCCUCCCCCUCCCCUCCCUUCGCCUUGCUGACCUUUCUUCGCGUACUUGACCUUCCUUCGAACCUCGCUCGAGCACCCCUUCGAGAAACUGCCCUCCCCCAUCACCUCACUAUGUCGCUUGUAUUCACCUCUUCACGCAUUCUCACCCCGCAUUCUCACCUCGCUCGAGCGCCUCCUCCCUCCCCAUCACCACUACUGCUCUCCCCCAUCCAGCCACUGACCUCUGUCCUUCUUCUCUUAUCACGUCGCUUACACCCAUGCUUCACUCUCCUUCUCGUCGCUCGACUCGCCCCCAUCCGUAGUCGCCCCCCUUAGCACUAGGUACAGUCACCUGCGCAAACCCCUUCUCGACACGGGG